AUUCUCUGUCUAAAAACAUAUUGUUUCAUUUUUGUUGAUUGAACAGGACCAUAGAUGAAACCGGGGCUGUUUGGUUCACGGAUUUUUGGAUUCUUGAGAGGAAAAGAUACCCAUAUUUGGAUGAAACAUAUUCCCAAUUGAAGAGUUUAGAGGGUUCCAGAAAAUGCAAGGAGGCAGAGGUGGAAGAGAUCCUUUCUUUAAUUUUGGUGGUGACCCCUUUGGGGGCUUUGGUGGUCCAAGAGAAUUCUGUCAUGAGAAAGCUAAAUUCAAAUGGUAAGGUGGAUACAUGCAACAUGUUAACCGAACUGAAAAUCGAGGUUUACUUAUCAGCUUAAAGCUCUUUCCUUUUAUUUGAUAACACAGUUCAGUUUCCUUUGCUUUUGCAGUAAGUUGGUCCUUAUGUAUAGAUCAUAUAUCAGGAGGCUUAUGAUGCUGCUCUCAGAAUAGGUUCUGCCAUGAGGAACCAAAGUUAGCCAGUUUAAACACAAUUAUUAUUAACAGAGGAAACAUUUACGGUCACAUUUGUAGGGAGACCGAUACGGUAUAUACAGGUCCAAUUGUCCGGAUUGGAUCAUUGCCAUGGAGGUGUAUGGAAUUGCAAUUGAGACGAUAACCACUUGUUCAAGUCACUAUCACAACUUUACAAGCUUAUAUUGUAUAAUUUGUUUGUUUGCCUUUCUUCUACAAGCUUGUAACAGUCAAGCUGUAACAUAUGUACCUCUAUAUGAUUCUCUUGGAAAUUCCAUUACUCUAUUUACUGUUCAAGCUUCAUUAUUUAAUUCAUUUCGAGUUGAUAAUUUAUCUGGUUUACGUUGCUGCAGGUGCUAAUGCAGUGGAGUCCAUCGUCAACCAUUGCAGAAGUUUAAAUAGCCUUUGUUCAAGAGAACAAACUCCCUGCUCUAUUGUCAUCUUUGCAAAUGUUUCCAACAAGCAGAAGAAGGAAGUCGAAGAGCUCGGUGUGUCGCUCAUUUCAUGGAAAGAAUUCUCUGAGCUGGUAACAUGUUUAAACUUCCACCGGUUAACUUUUGAGGGUCAUUCUGUCAUGAGAAAGCUGAAUUCAGAUGGUAGGGUGGAUACAAUACAAACCUUGCAUAAUUUGAAUGAAGAUGAACUUACUUGUUUUGAAGAAUCUUGGAAUGGAAAAGCCCAAAAGUAUUUGCCUGUUUGGUCUGAGAGUUUUAUUGGCCAUGAUACCAUAGGGGCUAACAGCAGUGGAUAAAACAGGCAGACAGGUCAGAGAGGAUGGGCACUUCCCUCAAUUGAGCAUUCUCAGACGAAAGGGAGGGUGAUGCCGGAUGCAAGAGAUGGGGGAGGGCCCUCACGCAGCCAGCACUGUACAAGGACGAAAAGAUCAACAGAUUUUGAAGAUGAGAGUUUUCGCACUCAAGGGAAGCGAAGGACCUAAGUCGGAACACACCGACUAGAUCCUGCGGUAGAGGGCAUUGCCUUUUCUCAUAUAUAUAGUUUUGUAUGCUUGGUUGUUGCCAUCUUUUAGAGCUUAUCUUUUCUCAUAUAUAUAGUAUUGUAUGAUGUGUCUGUGGCUGUGGCUGUCCUAUAGCUGAAGGGGUAGCUAAU